AUGGAGUGUAGGUCGUUGGAUCUGACGCUUAUAUCCGCCGAGGAUCUGAAAGAUGUUCAAAUGAUCGGGAAGCAGGACUUGUACGCCGUCGUUUCCAUCAACGGCGACGUAAGGACGAAGCAGAAGACGAAGGUCGACAAAGAUUGCGGGACCAAACCUAAAUGGAAGCAGCAGAUGAAGCUCACCGUCGACGACGCGGCGGCGCGUGAGAAUCGCUUGACCCUGAUCAUCCAGAUCGUGGCGGAUCGGCCGAUCGCCGGUGAUAAACCCGUCGGAGAGGUUAGCGUUCCGAUUAAGGAGCUUUUGGAUCAGAACAAGACCGGCGAGGAGAAAACGGUGACGUACGCCGUGAGGCUGCCGAACGGGAAGGCGAAAGGAUCUCUCAAGCUCUCGUUCAAAUUUGGGGAGAAGUACACUUUUGGAUCUUCGAGUGCUCCUCACGCGCCUGGCCCAUCGGCUCUGGACCACAAGACUAUGGAUCAGCCCGUCACCGCUUACCCGCCCGGACAAGGUGCCCCGACUGCAUACCCGCCUCCUCCCGCGGGUCCUUCCGGAUACCCACCGCAGGGACACGACGAUAAACACGGUGGUGGUGUUUACGGUUACCCGCAGGCCGGUGGAUAUCCGCCACCUCCUCCUGGUGGGUAUCCGCCAGCUGGACCCGGUGGGUAUCCGCCACCCGGUGCAUACCCGCAACAAGGUGGAUAUCCGCCGCCUCAGCAAGGAGGGUACCCGGGUUAUCCGCCGCAGGGUCCAGGUUAUGGAUACCCGGGAUAUCCGCCACAGGGUCAAUACGGUUACCCGCAACAGCAAGCUUAUGGUAAACCACAGAAACCGAAGAAGCACGGAGGAGCUGGAAUGGGGCUUGGGCUUGGACUUGGAGCUGGGUUAUUGGGUGGGUUGCUAGUUGGUGAAGCCAUUGAUGACAUGGCAGAUAUGGGUGAUAUGGGUGGCGACUUUGAUUUCUGA